AUGGGUGAGCUUGUAAAUGCUGCAAGAACAUUAGGUGAAACAGGAAAUUUUGUAGAUGGUUUUAAAAGACUUGUUUCAAAUGUUUUAACAAACACAAAGAAAUUAUUUAGAUAUACCAUACAUAACGGACGGAUUUUCGAACAGGUAGCAACAAACCCUCCGGUUAUGGCUGCGUUGAUGAUGGUUAGAGAUAUAAAACCACGUAACGACGGGAACGAAGAACAUGAACAACAGAGCCCAACGGGCUCAGAGCCACAUAGUGGCGAGGAUACUGGUCGGGUUAUUCAAGACAUUAAAAACGUGUAUCCUGAAGUUAUUGAUUUAUUUAGAGGAGUUAAUGAUUCAAUUUCAAAACAUUCUAUAACCCUCGAUGAAGAGAAUAAAUUAACAGAUUAUAUAUUCGUCAUUAUUGCAGAAUUAAUGAAGAGAAUAAAUGAAAAAGGAAUUGGUGAUAUCAUUAAUGUCAGCGAUGUAAUGAUGAAAAGAAAUUUUGACUCAUUAUUUACAAAACCGAAAACAGAAUAUAGUCUUUAUGACGUAAUUACCGAAUUAAUGAAAAAGAUUAAUGAUAAUAAGAGUUCUGGCGGAAGAGUUGAAUUAGAAGUGAAUGAUGUUAAUGAGAAAUUAGCCGAAAAAGCAGAUAAAAACCACGUUCAUUAUAUAACUUCAGACGAACAGAUUAUAACGGACUACCAUGGAUAUUUAACACGAAGUGAUGAAGCGAAGACAAAAAUGUUAAUGAAAGAAGAUAUAAAUACAUUCGUGCUAAAGGUUAUGACAUAA